CGACUCCGUGGCCUAAGAACGGCGGAAAAAGUGGCGGCAAGAGACCGCAAAAAGUGAAGAUGUCUGCGUGAAUCUGUGCCUGUGUGCAGUGAGCGAAGCGACGCCAUUUUGUGUUCCCAUGCGUGGAAAAUUCCAGUUCGCAGUACCGCUGCGGAUUUGGCGGUUGCUCUAGCUGCACACGAAGGAAAAAGUGGAACGUGGCCUGCUGCAAGCGUAAGCGGGGAAGGUUCCAGAUCCAGCUGCGUCGAGGCCACAGCACCGACGGACAGAGCCUGCUGCAAGCGUCAGCAGGAAGGUUCCGGAAGGUUGGCUGCGACGAGGCACCCCGACCAGAAAAAAGUGUUCUUGAGGCAAGCGCAUCCCAAAGAAAAAGUGAACGAACCUGCUGCAAGAGCCAGCAGAGUGAAUUCUGAAGAAUCCCGUGACCGAACGCUGUCGCUGCUGUGUCGCCACGAGUGCGAACUCGGCGGAGCAACCGAUUCCCUAGAGGCUUGAUCAGCCCAAUAGUGAAGAUGAACCCAGCCGGACAACCGAGAUCGGUGAAGCGCUUGGCCAACAAGCGACGCCAGAUCAAGAUGAAGAUCGGGCUCCUUCAUUCCAGAAUGACCACCGAAGGAAACCAACUGCCAUCCAUCCCGGAGAUCAGGGUGUUCGCGAAGAACAUUACGGCCUACUACAGUGAGUUGGAUCAAGUGCUGCGAGAUGUUGAGGAGAGUGAUCUUUUUGCCGAUGAACGAGACGCCCACGAUUUGGAAUGCGCAGAGAUUGAGGGGCUACUCCAAGGAGCCAACCUCAAGAUCGUAGCCUUCAGUAGCGCACUGCCUUCCCAACCCGUUCAGGCCACUGUUCCUCAGCAGUGCCAGCACCAACCACCAGUGAGUACCGGAAAACUUGAAACAGACGAUCCACCUGUAGCAGAUGCCAACAGCAUGCCAGACAGAUCCCACCAACCGGAGAAACCCCCUGCAAUGCAUCACGGGAUAGAACCACCCGCCGAACCUGAAGUGGUUCGACACAAAGCCUCGGCAAGAGUUCGAGGUGACGUCACCGUGUCCGGCGAUUUGGGCGUAACUCUUACGCUGCGGUCAGAAGAGCGGAAACACGGCGACCUCGACGUUGGCUGGUGUCAGCCAGUGGAACUUGGUUCACUGCUACCAGCCGAGCAAGAACGAGAAGACGCUGAGUCCGGAUCGACACAAGCUGUUCCAAGGCCGGAGAUAGCUGGACUGGUCGACGAAGAUCCCCACAUCACACCAAACCAGGUAGUGAAGGGCGAGGAAGUACGCUCGCUGCAUUCAGCCGAAGCCGACGAAUUGAACGUCGAGGACCGAUCAAUCCCAAGCAGCACAGUGCCAGUCUGCACUGCCACAACCAUCCAAGGGGACUCAGCAAAGAAGCCAAGCAAUGAGAUGUUGACGUACAACAGCAGAACCAAGCUGUACAACGCUAGCGUCACACGAUCCGACCGUGAACGUGUAGCCAACCACGGAAAGGCUGUCUCCAAUAGCACCAACACCAAGGCCCGCUUGGUUUGGGACCCAGGUGUGUAGCCGAGAACUACUAUCCGCACCACCGCUCCUAACCAACGGCAGACGAUAACGACCAGAAGCUUGCUCAACUGGACGCAUACGAAACAGGAAACCGCCAACGAACGAACUGUAGCUUGACUAGCGGCCGACUCUCUUCUAGUGGAUUUGAUUUAGAAGCCGAGCCUUCAACCCGGGGGGAGAAUGUUCGGCACUUGCCGGAGUUUUUGGCCAGAUUUGCGCUAAAUCCACCCAGUGUGCGCGACACCACCCCUGCAGCGCUGACAGGACGGCGCUGCCAACCUUGACAGCAGUAAACAACGGCGCAAACGAGAAAGAAAGCGCGCGCAAAGGCAAGCGAAAAAGUGCGCGCGGCCAUUCGCACCGAGGAACACAAAGAGGAAACAAGUCGCUCUGUAAAUAGAUCGGAAAUAGAGAAGUUUUGUUGUUUAUUUGAAGUGCCGGGUGUUUUUUCUUGUGCGCGAAUCGGACGCUAGAAAAUCUUGGGUUUUACAGUCCGCUCAAGUCGAAGUAAGUUCCACCUCGCCCAUAAACCGUUGCCAGUUGCCGCAACAGUAUGUUAUUGCAAUAACAGAGCAAUAACAAUUUGAGUUAUUUUUCGAACAAAUCUUUGUUAUGGAAAUUUGUUAUUUUAACAACUAAUCCGAUCAUCCCAAAAACGGAUUUUGAUCUUCUCACAAUAUCAAAAACUGACCUUCCCAAGUUAUUUCCGUCUGCUCGGGAACAGUAAUGAAUUGGAAAAAUUAGACAAAAAAAAUAUAUCAAGAGCCUUGCUGACGCAUUUCAAUACUAACUGUUGAUUGUAGCUAGACUGUCCAAUUGAAAUGAAAAAUAAAUCACAGCACCAAUUAUCCAAUGGACCCGUGCCACAAUGCGAAUGCGCAAUUUUUAAUGGUUUUGUGCAAUUAAUUCAUUUAUUUAUUUUAACCAUUGCACUCUGUUUCGCGUGCCGUGCCAUGCCACCCCGUAAUGUUCAAUACACGGUGUGAUGCCCAUUUUUCCGCCCCGAAAACCGUUGAGAGUGUGGUACACCAAAGACAGCAGCAGCAACAAAAAAAAAGUCAACGGGAGGGACAUAAAUUUAUCGAUUGUCGCUGAUUUAUGCCCAAAUUUUAAAGCAUCUGUUCACUCUGCUGAUGUCCAGUCCAGUGCCGGGGCCGGGGCCUUCAAAUUUCCCAAAUGCACUUCCGUCUGCCGUCGGGGUUGGUUUGUCGGUUCCACGUUGAGGUCCGGGGCAGGUGAACGUUUUCCCAUUUUCUUGUGGACGACCGAGUUUCAAUAAUUUAAACGAAUCAACGAAAUGCAUUUGUAUAUUUGCGCUUUUUUCCGAAAUUUAUGUUCUGCACUGUUGUGGGUGUGUCCACUUUCCCUCCCAGUUGAGUACUUUUGUGUCGAUUUUUGUGGGUUUUGAAAAUGUUGCGAGGGGUGAUGAACCAACAAACGAGCGAAAACGACCAGUUUAUGCAGAAGCUUUUUUUUGGCAAAUGAUGGCACCGGUGCUCAGUAAUGAUGAUGGAAAUUUAUUCGCAUCAGAUUUAUUUCAUCAUGAAAUUUACUACCGUCUGUGAAAGUAGUGUCAGGCGAGCAUUAAAUUAUUUUUUUUUAAAUUAAUUAUCAAUUCGAUGAGUGCAACGCUUAAAUUGGUAAAUUUGCUACACUUUGAUGAAAAAUUCGCAUUUCGCAAUUUUCAGUGUAAGAACUGGCCUUUACUUAUCUUAUGCACUAGGUUCCCGACGAACACUCACUGCCCUUACACCUACAUCUCACCCCUGCUCUGAGUCAGUACUAGCAACACGCUUUGAGUGUUCCUGCCAGGAAUUUUACCGAUUACGCAAUUGAACUCGUUCCGGGGGCAGUACAUUGUUUUGGGUUUGAUAUAAGUAUUAGGAUGUAACAAUGUUUUUUUCAUGUAACAAAAAUGACUUUUUGGCCGGCAUUCAGGGGUUUUUUUUCCGGUGGGCAUACUGCCGUUCUACGUAUAAUUGUCCCAUGUCAGUUUUGGACGAUUUUGACUUUAUGACAUUUUUAAGUUUAGUUCAAAAAUCAAACCAUCCACAUUAACGACCCCCGGGUCUUUUGUGGUCUCUAGUGCAAGUUUCUGCUCGAACCUAGGAGUCCGAAGGCUUGAAUGGGGAGAGCAUCCAAACCUCUUUCUACUCCACCCCAGUGUUUGAACUGACGACCUUUGGAUUGCGAGUCCAACCGCCGCCAGCGAUUCCACCGGAGUAGGCUUGGUUUGGUGUGUUGUUUGUACUUAUGGCAUGGAGACGACUCCUACACCUGGAAUGACUUAACGGCCUAACAACAACCAAGGCCGGGACCGACAUUUUACUUCCUCAUCCGAUGGAAGGUUGGAGCAGAUGGGAAUCGAACCCAGAAUCAUCCGCUUACAAAGCGGACAGCGUAACCAUUCGGCCACGCACUGCUCCUUUAGUUUGAUGUGUACUUAAAGAAAAACACAAAAAAUCUGGUACUUUGUUAGGAGACUCAUUAAAAACAAUACCAAGUCUGUUUGUCCCAUCGUUAAACUUCUACGCAUAAUUGCCCCACUAUUACAAAGAGACGAGUUGUUCCUUUUAAUUCCGCUAUAUAUUUUUUAUAUCUUGAAAGAUACGUAUUUCGUCUACUACUUGCAAACCACAAUGUCCCACCAAGUAUUUUCUUACACGGAAUCAUUAGGAAGCACGGAAGCAUUAUGUCUUGUUUACCUGUUGUAUAGCAAGAAAAUCACAAAUAAGGGUGAUAAACUGCUAACUUGGGUGAUUAGGGACACAUACGGCGAAUAGGAACCCACGGGACAAUUGGGUACUAAAAUGGAGUUUAAAUUUGUGAUAUUAUUGCACAUAACGAUAAAGCUUAUUUUUCUGAGUACAAAUACCCUUUGAACGACCACAAAGGAUUUAAAAUGGAUUUUAAAUUGAAUUUUAAAAAAAUAACUUCAUGGUCCUUCUUGACAGAAAAGGUCCUACUUGACAGCUCGUUCCAAGGGGACCAUAGUUUAUCAAUCGAAAAAAUGUUGUCUUGUCAUUUUUUUUUGCAUUUAAAAUAAAAAAAAGUGAUUAGAAAUGGUUAUAAAUCGUGUUUUUUACCAUUGUACAUAAAAAAUUGACAUAGGGUUUUAGUACCCAAUUAUGCGUAGAAACACAGAAAUCGGUCAAAAAAUUUCAAUCGCGUUUUUUCAGUUGCACUUUUUUGAACAUGGGACAAUUAUGCGUAGAACGGCAGCAUACUGAGCCUUGUACUGAGCCCAAAUCCCAAAUAUUAGCUUGAUUGGACGAAACAGGAGAUGGCGCUUUGGAUUUGAAUUUAAAAUGGGAUUUUACUCGUAAAAAACCUUAAUAUCAAAAAUUUCCGAGUGACGUAGCCUAAUGACACGACGAGACACCCUUGGAUUUUGGGUGUCGUGAUCGGGGACUUUCUUUUAUAAUAAAAACACAGAUAGUUUGCAAUUAACAAACAACACGUCUUAUUCCACGCAAAUUAACCACAAAACUGAUUUGACAAUCUUCAUUCUCUCUUUCGCCAGCCGCGCGCAUCUCGUUGUUUUCUCGCUCGUUGUUCCCUCUCGCAGCUUGCUAGCGCGCUCUCGCACUCAAUGCGCAAUCAGCUAACAAGGCAAUAUUCAUGAAGGUGCGCACUUUUUUUUGCGCUCUAAACUCUUAUUUAUGAAUUAUAGCAAUCUUAUAAUAAAUACUCAUUUAAUAAUUUAUUACAUAUUCAAUCUUGCAACCCAUAAUCCCUACACUGGGUACCGUCAGUGGGGGUGACAUUGGGUCUGGGGGGUGAGAUUGGGUCAAAGUUAUUUUUUACGGAUUUUACCAUUUUUCAGGUUAUUCUCAAUGAAACUGAAUUCUGUUAAAGGGGUUGUGUAGGGGACAUCUUAAGAUGACUUCGCUGAAAAACUCUCGUUUCUAGAACAAAUCCUGUUAUUUUGGCAGAUGUUUAAAGUUGGGGUACGUUUUUGGCCAAAAAUGACCUCUCGAAAAAUCAUUUUUCUAAUAUUUUUGUUAGAAUUGCUCGAAAACUACCCAAAUGUUUGAAAAUCUCCACUUCAAACAUUGUAGCGUCCCGAGCAUGGGUAAAUAACAUGGGAAAUGCGUAAUAAUACCUUUUUCUGGUAUCUAUACCAAAUUUUGGUAUUCCUGGACCCUUUAAAAUUUGUCUUAAGGAUUAUGCAAGAGCAAAAUGUGCUAUCAUACCAAUUAAGGUAUUGUUUUGAUAUUGCAAAAUUGCAGAAUUUGUCAAUGGUCGAACACCACAUAUUGGUAUUCUUUUGGUAUUACAGUGUUUUAUCAAAUUCCUCUGAAACUAUAGGAAAAUUUUGACCAAUUUUGACAAAAUAAUUAAUUUUGCGCUAAAAUAAUGUCUCAAAGCGAAUGCUUUAAUUGAAAACCGGAAAUUUCAAACUUGAUUUUAAACAUUUUUGAUAUACCCCCUAAAUAAAUGACUUGAAAUUGUUGAAAAUUUUCUAAGUCAGGAUGGCACAUUUUGGUAUUAUUUUGGUAUUAAAGUGUUUUAUCAAAUUCCUCUGAAACUAUGGGAAAAUUUUGACCAAUUUUGACAAAAUAAUUAAUUUUGCACUAAAAUGAUGUCUCAAAGCGAAUGCUUUCAUUGAAAACCGGAAAUUUCAAACUUGAUUUUAAACAUUUUUGAUAUACCCCCUACAGAAAUGACUUGAAAUUGUGGAAAAUUUUCUAAGUCAGGAUGGCACAUUUUGGUAUUCUUUUGGUAUUACAGUGUUUUAUCAAUUUUCUCUGAAACUAUGGGAUUUUUUUUACCAAUUUGGACAAGAUAAUAAAUUUUGCGCUAAAAUGACUUGAAAAAAAACCAAAUACUUUGAAAAACGAGUCAAUCGAAAGAUUAUUGAAUUUUGGUUAAUUUCAAUCCAGUUUUAUUUUAAUAACACUUAUUUUUCAAUCUUGUUAUUUUUCAGAAUCUUCAAGAACUUCAUGCACAGGCUGUUCAUCAAUGACAAAUGCAUUCGGUGUGGUGAAGAAUAUCACUAAGAACAACAUGGAAUCAUCAGGUGAGUAGAUUUGGCUGUUGCAUAUGGAUCAUUUCCGUUUUUUCACUAACUGCAACUGCUGCACUAAAAAUGGUAUGAAAAUACCAAAUUUUGGUAUUACUUGUGCAAAUAUCAGCGACCAAAAUGUGAUCUUGGUUGCCCAGUAAUAGAUGGUAAAAUACCAUCAAAUCAUACCAAA